AUGGCCAUUGCGUCGUUCCUCGCUGGCAUGCUCCCGCUGUCCCUCGCUCUAUCGCAACGCCAAUUGCGCCUCACGUCGGCCCUUGGAACAGGCGUUCUUGUGGGCACCUCGCUCAUUGUCAUCAUACCGGAGGGUAUCGAAACGCUGUACAGCGCAGGCACGACAGGGCAUACGCACACGAAGAGAAAUCGAGCUCCACUUGAAGCACCCAACCACCGAGUCGCUCUGAUCGACGACUCUCGCACAUUGGAUCUCAACAACACUCCGCCCAGGCAAGCGCAUGCUCUUACGUUCAGGGAAGCCACAGCUCCCCUAGAUAAGCCGGAGAACGCACACCCUACAGAGAAGCCCCACGACGACAAGGAUGAUCCCAAGCGAACCUCACCCUCCCCACACGCCUACGUGGGCCUCUCCCUCAUAAGCGGCUUCAUCCUCAUGCACCUCAUCUCGACCCUCCCCUCCCUCCUCUCCGCGCGCUCCGCCCCAAAACCCCUCCACAUCUCGCUGGACCGACUUUCCCGCGGCCCCCACGACGCCUCCUCCCCGCCCCUCUCCUCACCCUCGACCUUCUCGCCCACUUCUCCCGAUCCACCUCACGACACGACCCGCCCGCCCGCCACGACCAUCGGCCUCGUGAUCCACGCCGCCGCCGACGGCAUCGCGCUGGGCGCCUCGUCCAGCGCCUCCACAUCCUCCUCCACGAAACUGGGGCUGGUGGUGUUUGUGGCGCUCAUGAUACACAAAGCCCCUGCGGCGUUUGGGCUUACGUCCGUGCUGCUGAAGCAGGGGUUCAGCAAGCGCACGGCGAGGAUGCAUUUGGUUGUUUUUAGUCUUGCGGCGCCGGUGGGCGCGCUGGUCACGUGGGUGGUUGUUAGUGCGGUGGGUGGGGAGGGGGUGGUUGGGAAGGGCGAGGCGGGGAUCGGGGUGCUGACGGGGUGUGUGUUGUUGUUUAGCGGAGGAACUUUUCUAUAUGUCGCCAUGCAUGCUAUGCAGGAGUCGCUUGGAGGGCAUUCGCAUGGUGGUGGAGUGGAAGGUGAACAGGCGGAUGGGUAUCGCCACGUUUAUGGCGGGAGUAACGGCUAUGUCGAGGCUGCUUCGUAUGAGCAGCAGGGACAGAAGGGCGUCACGUUGUCGGAGACGGCUGUCGCGGUGGCGGGGAUGCUGCUGCCACUGAUUACACAAGUCGGACAUGCGCAUUGA